AUGACGACAAUUUCCGAUCUAUCAGAUGAUUUGGUAGGUGAUAUUCUUUCUAGGGUUCCAUUUACAUCUCUAAUCUCAGUGCGAUCUACUUGUAAAAAGUGGAAUGCUUUAUCGAAAAAUCAGAUCUUUGGUAGAAAAACAGCAGCAAGGAAUCAAUUUCUAGAGUUCAUGAUUCUAGAUUCUAGAGUUUGUUCUUUGAGAUUAGAUCUUCAAGGAAUCCGUAACGAAGACAAAGAAGACUUCGUUGAUCCAUCUAUGAAGCUAAUAAGUAUACCUAGUAAUGAUGAUCAAGUCGAGAUAUCUCAAGUCUAUCAUUGCGAUGGCUUAUUGUUAUGCAUCGCCAAAGAGAACUCGAAUGUCUUUGUGUGGAAUCCGUAUUUGGGGCAAACGAAAUGGAUUCGACCAAGAAACACAUUCCACAGAUAUGACAGGUUUGCUCUUGGAUACGACAACAACCGUAACCACAAAAUCUUGAGGUUUCUCUAUGAUGAAGAGAGCAACGAAAGCAGUCGAAGAACUCACAUUGAUGUAUACGAUUUUAGCUCUGAUUCAUGGAGGGUUCUUGAUGUCAAUCCUGACUGUGAUAUACCGUUUUAUCAGACCGGAGUGUCUUUGAAGGGAAAUACUUACUUCUUCGGUCAAGAAGUGACACAAGCGACGAAAGUAACAGAGAUUGAAACUUGUUUACUCUGUUUUGAUUUUACAACAGAGAGAUUUGGACCGUGUUUGCCUCUGCUGUUUUACCCUCCCUGUCCUAGUUUUGAAACUGUGACUCUAUCUUGGGUUAGAGAUGAGAAGCUCGCUGUGUUAUACAACCACUACGUCACAGCUGAGAUUAUAGAGAUUAGGAUUUCGACUAAGAUUGAACCCAAUGCGGUAUCCUGGAGCUCUUUUUUGACUGUGGAUAUGUCACUAGUCAAUGGUUUACCGGAUCAUUUUUCGAUGUACUUUGAAGCUAAGAGCUUCUUCAUUGACGAGGAGAAGAAAGUUGUUGUGCUUUUUGAUAGUAAAGAGAUCAAGACCUGUCGCUACCAAAUGGCUUACAUCGUUGGAGAUGAUGGAUACUUCAAAUCUGUCAACAUUGGAGUAAGUCCGAAUUCCCAGCGGAAACCAGGCAGACUUGUGUGCUCUUCUUAUGUUCCAAGUUUAGUUCAACUGCAAGAUUAG